AUGAUCUAUAUUUCGGAUGAUGAUGAUGAUGGAGAUGGGGUUCGAGGGCAGGAUUUUGCACUGGGGGUGACUCAGUAUGUUGUGGCAAAGCAGUUAUCAGCGGAGUUCCAUGGAAGUGAUGGUGAUGAGGAGGAUGAAGUUGUGAAUGAAAUCCUGCUAUUGGAGGAAUUGUUGCAGAUGAACUACUCCAAGUUUCACGCUCGUCUCCGGCUUCUGAACUGUUUGAGGCAUAUCUCGGUUGCAUGUCUUCUAUAA